ACUAGUGGUAUUGUGGAGUACAAUGGCGGUAUUCUGUAGUACACUGGUUUCUAAUAUCUUCAACACAAAACAGGCUUUCCUUAAUCAGAAAACUGCCCAAAACCACGAUUGCUCUAAAAGUCUCCAGCAAAGAUGGGGCGAGGAAAGAUCGUGAUAAGGAGGAUCGACAACACGACGAGCAGGCAAGUGACUUUUUCGAAGCGGAGGAACGGAUUGCUCAAGAAGGCAAAGGAGCUAGCGAUCCUGUGCGAUGCGGAGGUCGGAGUCAUCAUCUUCUCCAGCACUGAUAAGCUCUACGAGUUUGCUAGCACCAGCAUGAAGUCAAUAAUUGAACGGUACAACAAAUCAAAAGAGGAACAUCAUCAAUUGGCAAAUCCAACUUCCGAGGUCAAGUUCUGGCAAAGGGAGGCAGCAAUGAUAAGGCAACAACUGCAGAACCUGCAAGAGAAUCACCGGCAACUGAUGGGAGAAGAGCUAUCUGGUUUAAAUGUCAAAGAAUUACAGAAUUUGGAAAACCAACUGGAAAUGAGUCUUAAAGGUGUUCGUUCAAGAAAGGACCAAAUGCUGAUUGAUGAAAUUCAAGAACUUAACCGAAAGGGAAACCUCAUUCACCAUGAAAAUGUGGAGCUGUGUAAGAAGGUAAACCUACUUCGUCACAAAAAAAAUGAGUUAUGUAGGAAGGUCUAUGGAACAAGGGAGAUAAAUGGAGGAAAUAGAAAUUCUCUUCUCACAAGCAGUUUAAGCUUUGGAGAGGACUUGCAUGUACCAGUCCAUCUUCAGCUUCGCCAGCCACAACAACAAAACUAUGAAACACCAGCAAGAGCUACAAAACUAGGACUACAACUGCAUUAGAGAAGAUGGAUCGACCAUUGGAUGCACGUAAUUGAUCACUUAUCAGCAAAAGGCUGCAAUGGCUACAACUUAUUCUUCCAUUAGGGAGAAGUGGUAUAAAAACCAUAAAUCAGUACGCAGAAAAACUUGAUUCAACAUUGUCAAUGAAAUCAGCACUAGAAUGUUUGAGGUAAGGAAAGAAAACAGCUAUGUAAGUAAAGUUGAGAUGACAAACAAUAAGGAAAGGCUAAAAGCACUGCAUGUGACAAGUGAUUUUUAGCUUCUUAAUAUAUUUAUCACCUGAGAUGGACAAUUGAUUAUAACUAUUUUGUUCAAUGUUUUGUGAAAAUUGUGGUAAGAAGUACAUAUUGAUUUGUGUGAA